AUGUCUCGCUAUGAAUGUCGACAACUACUAUUGUAUACUUAUUUAUGGCCAGAUUGCCAUAUAAUACCCGAUUCAUGUAAUAAAUAUGAUAAUUGUAUUCGACAUGAAGAAGACAAGCCAAAACUUCUUGAUGCUACAGAAGAAGUAUAUGAAAUGCUAGAGGUAACUGAAGCAUUAAUAUCCAACUUCUCUACAGAAAUUUCUCCAGAGGAUAUAGUUGAUGUAUUUAGCUGCUCUAAUACAGAAAAAAUCAGAAAAAAUGAAUAUAAUCAAUUGGUUUUGUGUAGAGGAGUUAAAUUAUAUGAAGAAAAAGAACCAACUAUCUUAAUUCCAAAGGAGACAGCACAGAUUGCACUAAAUGAUCUAGUAUCCAAAGGAUUAAUAAAGCAAGAGAUUCGGUUACAAAAGUCAAAAACAACACAGUAUUUGUCAUGCAGUGUAAUCAUAACUGGAAUUAAGGAAGGAGCAAAAGAAUAUGCACAAAUGAAUAGUUGGAAAUAUUGG